AUGCGCUCGAACCCCUCUGCUAGGGUUUCAGGGGCAGAUGGUUCGAGGUCGGCGGCGGCGGGUCAGGAGGGAGCGACGGUUGCUCGCGGCGGUGGCUACGUGGAUGGCGAGAUGGAAGGCGGAGAUCUGGUUGGCGAAGCAGACGGUGUUCUAGGCGGAUUCAACGGCGGAAGAAGGAGUUGUUACUCUGUUUUUAUCGAUGGGAUUGAAGAAAAGGUUGAUUACCUUCAUCUUCGCCAUCUCUGCUCGAAGUUCGGUAAGGUUCUCAAUCUCUUCGUCCAACGGCAGAGAAAGAUUGGAAGGAUUUUGCGUUUUGGCUUUGUGCGCUACGGGUUGCAAGAACAGGCGCUGAAGGUGAUUUGA